CCGCAUCCAUCCAGAUGCAUCAAGACACUGUCGUUGAAGUGCCUCGCUGGGUUCAUGAUAAACUUAUCGUUGGUUCACAUUAAUACGUCGUUCCAAACCUUUUGCCGUUACAGUCAUCCCUUUCAAGCCCGGAGGCGAGUAUCUGUCGGCCAUGAGCUCGCCAUGGCACCAUGAAGAUCACCCACACGUCGAAAUCGAGGCAGAUGAAUGGAAUGAGGCGGAUUCGGCGCUGGGCGACGACAUCUCUCAAUAUACCUUGUCGGUCAGCUCCAGCCUGCUCCAGGGGGUCGAGGAACAUGGGCGAAAAUAUCACAGAUACAAGGAUGGCUCGUACAUCCUGCCGGAGGACGACAAAGAACAGGAGAGGCUCGACCUACAGCACGAGAUGUUCCUCAGAACCUUUGGACGGAAGCUACAUCUGGCCCCCGUAGACUGUGAGCUCCGUGAGGUCCUGGACCUUGGGACAGGCACCGGGAUGUGGGCGAUUCAGUUUGCAGACGAGCAUCCCGAGUCGAACGUCGUCGGCGUCGACCUGAGUCCCAUUCAGCCGACAUUGGUUCCGCCCAAUUGCAAGUUCGAGGUGGACGACUUUGACACCCCCUGGACGUUCGACCGGCAGUUCGACUUCAUCCACGGCCGAAUGCUCCUCACCGCCAGCGCCGAUUUUCCUGCGCUGUUCCGCCGGGCGUACGAUGCACUGACACCGGGUGGAUGGAUUGAAAUGCAAGAUCUCUACAUGCCGCUCCUGUCCGACGACGGGACCCUGGCGGGCACUGCGUUUGGAGAGUGGAACGAGAAAUACAUGGAAGCUUGUGCAGUCCUCCACAGAGAUCCCUCGUGGACAGCCAAGUACAGGGAAUGGAUCACGGGGGUAGGUUUCGAGAAUGUCAGAGAACAGAUCUUCAAGUGGCCCAUCAACCCGUGGCCCAGGGAUAGUAACCUGAAAGAGAUGGGGAUUUGGAACAUGACCAACAUGCUCGACGGCUUGGACGGUUUCACCGUCAGGCUGUGGACGAUGGCUCUCGGAAUGACACACGAGGAAAUUCAAGCGUUCCUCGUCCAAGUGCGGAAGGACAUCAGAGACACCAAAAUCCAUUCGUACUGGCCUAUACACGUCGUCUACGGCCAGAAGCCCAGGUAAUGAUUUCGAGUCACUGGCUCAUGCUUGGAGGUCCUUGUGCUCCUUCAGCUACCCGUCGGUCGGAGCUUCAUCUCCUUCGCUCGAAACACGGAUCUACCUCUCUUCCUUUGUCUAUACCUACUUGGGGGGUGUGGCUGGUCAUGAAGCAGUCCAGGUCUUCUGUAUAGAGCGCUCCUAUUUACCUUCGCCAACCAGCGCCGGAAUGAUUCUCUUGUAAAUCUUUC